AUGCGAAUUAGCUCCAGCCGCCGAGUCGGAAGGGGGCUCCCCUUCUCUGGGCACGCUCGCGGGGACCCGGGUGUGAGACCUGAGUCCACGCCCACCGACCUUAAUCCCUGUGCGGCCCAUCGCCAUAACAACCGGCCCCGGCUAGCCCAGCCCCGAGGGCCCGAGACUAGGAAGGCGCCCCGCCCCAGGCGCCCCGCAUCCGGCAGCCGCGCGCCCCCGCCCUGCGCGGCGCCUACCAGCGCCAAGCAGAGCUCCCCAAGAGCCAGGGCUCCCCCGCGCCCGGCGCCCGGCACCUGUCCGGGUCCCUUGCACCUGCCCUCGCCCGGCUCCAAGGCGCGCGGCCGUCGCAAAGCGUGGCGGGGUGGCCAGGGCUGCUCCCCGUGCCCGCGCGGGCUCCCGGGGAGGGGCGCAGGACAUCCCCGAAGGCGGCCGCGCGGGAGGCGGGAGGCGGGAGGCGGCUGGGACGCGCGGGAGGGCGGGGAGCCCGCGGGAGGAGGCGGGCGCGGGGAGGGCGCAGGAGGCGGCAAGAAAGUAGCAGAAAGUGAGGCUGUCAGGCAGAGGAGCCCGGGAGCGGCGGCGGCAGGAAGUCUGUGCCCGAGCCCGGCAGAAAUAAGAGCUAGGGAGGGACCGCGGCGGCAGCAGCGGCGGCGCCGGCGAGAGCGAAAGAGGAAACUGCAGAAGAGGAAACGCUGCGGCAGCCCCGCGCCCGCGGCCC